GACGGGGCCGCCGCCUGGGCCUGGCAGGCUGGUGGCUUGGUGAGGAAGGCGGAGGGAGGGGAAGGGGAUUAGGAAAAAACUGGAAAAGAGGAAGAAAUCAGAAAUCUCAUUGAAUGUGUUGAUAGAUAGAUAACAUCAUAACACAAUCACAUAUGCCCCUUCCUCGGUCUUCCUCCCCUUCCUCUCCUCUUAUUUUCCCCUUUUCAUCCCUCGGUUUCUCUCUCUAUUUUCCCCUUCUAUCAAACAAUACUAUACGACAGACUAACCCUAACUUCCCCCCUUUCGUGAUGAUUUGAUCUGAUCGGAGUAGAUCUCUCUGGGUUCUAAUACCGUCGUCAGGUGCGUUCUCUUACUCUCCGUCCCUUGUUUUCCUCCUUCGAAGAAUGUUUCUUGGCUUGCUGAAUUUUUCGCUUGUGAUAAUUGAAAAUUUGAGGUCUGCUGAUUGAUAGUUUCUGAGCGGAGUGCGUUGUUGGUGUUGCGUUAGUGGAUCAGCCGACAUUUUGGAUGUUUUUGCAGCUUCUCUCUUUUUUUUUUAUGAUUUUGUUUGGAUGCCGUGAAUUCCUCCGUGGAGGCAACUGGAGACGAUUUUAUUGGAAAGAGGAUGUUCUUACCUUUCCCCAAUUGCUCUUUGUUUGUUCCCUUGGAUUUCCUCCCCUGCGUUAGAACCUGUUCUUUCUGAUGCGCUGACAUGCGAAAUUGGAAGGUAUCGGUAGUCUUAAGUUGCACCGAUGGUGUUUUUAUGAAUGGAGAUUGGAGUAAUUGGUGGCCUUUCUCUACUUCUUGUUGUCAGAAUGGGGUUAUUAUAUGUUGUGAGUGAAUUUGGAGUUUUGUACGUGUAAUAGAAAGCCGACCCCAUUGCUAGAAUGGAGUUCCGUGCGCUAGUUUAAUAUUUGCGUUAUCAUUUGGCAUUAUUAGAAGGGUAACUUCACUUUUCUGUAUCCUCGAGCUGCUUUGAUGCCUACACUGGACUCCUGUCUUGUGGGUCUUUGGCGGAUGAGUUGUGUGAAGUUGUGGUAAUUGUUUUGGCAGUUUCUAAUACGCCAGCAGGAUAAGUUUUUGUAAAUUAAGCACCAACUUCAUAAAAGGAAAAACAAGAGAACAUGAAGCGGAUUGGGGGAUGUAUGGCAGCCAUCUCUGUGUAGUGAUGUUUUGAUUUGUGUUCUCAUUCAUGGUCAUUUGCAGCAGGCACUCUUUGGUCCCUUAUUUCCUGUGAUUUGCAGCAGAGGCAGAACACCUUGUCAUUUACUGCCUAAUGUCAAUAAUGCGUGUUUGAUGCUUUUGUUUCAUUGUUAUAACUGAUCUGAACUUUGUUUUUGCUGUGUUAUCUGAACUCUGUUUGCUGCCUUUUUUGUCUUGAUUAAUUUAUUCCAAAUCUCAUGACUAGAUACUAUAUCACAUUAGUUAAAGACCCUUCUUGGUAAUGUUUCUGGAUAUUCUUCAGAUUGAAGGCAAUAGCAAGUGGCCCAAUAUAAUUGAUGGACAAUGAUUGUGCAGAUGGAUAAAAUGUCUACUCCUCCUUCUCGGGAUCGUGUUCAAUGUCUGUAUGACAAGGUAGACUUGUGGAUAUAUUUGUGCAUGCUGGUUUUUUUUGUUAUAAAUAUUAUUGGUUUGUUUAUAAAGUGCUUUGCUUUCUUAGAACGUUGAGUUGGAGAACAAACGAAGGAGGUCAGCUCAGGCACGGGUUCCAUCUGAUCCCAAUGCAUGGCAACAAAUGCGCGAGAACUAUGAAGCUAUAAUUCUCGAAGAUCAUGGUUUUUCCGAGCAGCACAACAUAAAUAUGUGUUGUGGCAAUUACACUAUAGGUGUAUUGAGGAACUGAGAGCUCAUUAUAAUGAUGCCCUUAAUGCUGCUGGCUCAGACUCAUCUAAGGUUCUUGCCCGCCCUGAUCGUGUCUCAAAGAUACGGUUACAAUUUAAAACAUUUCUUUCUGAAGCAACUGGGUUUUAUCAUGACCUGAUUUUGAAAAUCAGAGCCAAGUAUGGGCUUCCCCUGGGUUUCUUCUUAGAUGGCACGGAUGGCAGAGUUGUUAUGGAGAAAGAUGAGAAGAAAUCUGCUGAUAUCAAGAAAAAAUUGAUUUCCUGCCACCGGUGUUUGAUAUACCUGGGUGAUCUUGCGAGGUACAAAGGACUAUAUGGAGAUGGAGAUGCUAAAACACGCGAGUAUGCUGCUGCUUCGAGUUACUACUUGCAGGCUGCAUCUCUUUGGCCAUCAAGUGGCAAUCCACAUCACCAGCUUGCUAUUGUGGCAUCAUAUUCUGGUGAUGAGCUGGGGGCAGUGUACCGUUACUUUAGGAGCCUGGCAGUUGAUAAUCCUUUUAUGACAGCACGAGAUAAUCUGAUUUUUGCUUUUGAGAAGAAUCGUCAGAGUUGCUCUCAGUUGGUUGUGGAGGUCAAAGGUUCUAUAGUUAAGGAGUCAGUAGUUCGGGGAAAAGGAAGAGGAAAGGGGGAGCCAAAAGGUGGAUCUAAAAUUCCAUGUGUUGAAGCUGAUGGUUCCAAGGAGAAGGAAACUGAUGUUAAUGAGAUUCGUAAAUUAUUUUGCAUUCGAUUUAUCCGUCUAAAUGGCAUUCUUUUCACCCGCACGAGCUUGGAGACAUUUGCAGAACUUCUCGCAUCAGUCAGCAGCACUUUCCUUGAGCUUCUAUCCUCUAUUCCGGAAGAGAAGUCAAAUUUUGGAGCAGACACUGUUGAUAAUGGACUUUUUAUUGUUCGAUUAGUCUCUAUCCUUGUAUUCACUGUUCAUAAUGUUAAGAAAGAGGCUGAAGGUAAGAGCUAUGCAGAGAUUGUGCAGCGUACUGUUCUUCUUCAGAAUGCAUUUACUGCUGCUUUCGAGUUAAUAGGACAUGUAUUGGAGAGGUGCGAGCAGCUUAAUGAUCCUUCUUCAAGUUACUUGUUACCUGGAAUUCUGGUAUUUGUGGAGUGGUUGGCCUGUUGCUUUGAGAAAAUGGUUGCCAUAAGGUCCAAAUUUUGGAGGUGCUGUAUAGCUUUCAUGAACAAGAUCUUGUUCUUUUUGCCAAUAUCCCUUGAUGAUAAUGAAGACGAUACGUGCUUCAAUAACAUGAUCCGGUAUGAAGAUGGGGAAUCUUGGAACAUGCUUGCUUUAUGGGAAGACUUAGAGUUGAGAGGGUUUUUGCCACUUGUCCCUGCACAAUCCAUUUUGGACUUCUCCAGGAAAUACCCAUUUGCAACUGACGGUUCUCAGGAAAGGAUGGCUCGCAUUAAGAGGGUUCUUGCUGCAGGGAAGGUGAUGACUCGAUAUUUGCACAUGUUUUCCCCUUUGUUUCUUGAUCGUUUAAGCUUGCAUUAUCGCUUCUUUGGCAUAUUUUAUGCUAGGUUGUGUUCCUUUGUCACAUUUCAGGUCCUAGCAUGUAAAUUGAAGCAUAGGCGCAAGUUUGAAGUCAAUCGGAGAUCAUUCGGCAAUGCGGGAGAAGAAACACGAGCAUGACCUGAGGAAUAAUGGACUUCUACCUCAUAUUAUGGACAAAUAAUCAUGUAAUUUUGUCAUGAAAAGAAAGAAGACGAGAUUACGAGCGUCUGGGAUCAAACGGCGACUGAUUCGGAGUCCGGACAAGGGAGAAACGAAGCAUUAAACAGAGGCUGAGCAAGCCACACGGGCAAACCUAAAAACCCACACGGCCGUGUGACUUGGCCAUGUGGCCGUGUGGGAUUUACCGAGCACUCACACGGGCAUCCUGGGGAGCCACACGGCCGUGUAGCUUGCCUGGUUUCCCAUUAAUCGAAACUCUGCGUUUUGGCACUCACACGGGCAUCUGGGUAAGCCACACGGCCAUGUGGCAUGGCGUGUGAGUCGGGAAAUUCUGGGUUUUAAGCCAAAUUCGAGCCAAAGGAGAAAGAGAGCUGGGUUUGUGGUUCCCAAACACCCAAGGGACGAACCCUAAAGAGAGAGAGAGAGAGCGGCUUGGGAACAUUCUUGGAGCUAUUUUGGAGGAUUUCUUCGCCAUUGGAGCUCGGGAAUCAAGCUUGGAGAUGGAGAUUGAAGAUCUAGAUCAGAUUUCUGCAGUCUCUCUCUUCUCUAUGGAGUAACUUCCCUUCACUUAGGUUUUGUGGAACCCUAGUUCCAUGUGUUAGGAUCUUUCUUGUAUGAAGUUUUGGAUGCUAUAUUGUUUGAUUAUAAUCGAUUGAGGCAUGAUUUAUUGAGUCAAUUGAAUCUUGAUCAAAUUCUCUUGAUUUCUGCUUUAACCUAUGAUAGAUAGAAUCUUAUUAGGUUAAGAGAGCUUCCUUGAUUGAUAGUGGUGAAUUGGUUGUGCGAGAGUCAUUCAAUUCACUGCUUUGUACUGGAAUUCAUUCCAGUAGUGGAGAUCUGUGUGAAUCGCCUUAGCAGUCUAUCCCGGUGAAGGCUAGUCGCCUGUCGGGUAUUAUGUCUAAGAGGGCUUGGUCAGCUUAAGAGAUUCCAAGCUAAUUUAGUAUCUUCCGUGUUGAAUUUAAAGAUUUCAAUACAUCAAGUCACGAGAU